GGCCCACCAGUUUUGGACCUCAGUCCUCAUUUCGCUUUCCUUCCAACAUUCCAACAGUUCUUUGAGCUUGCUGUGUGACUGCUCCGGCAACCGUGAAACCAUGACUGCUUGCUUCCAAAACACGUACUACCCGACCAUUUCCACGCUGCCCAACACUCAGCUGGUCACCGAGCGCGUAUCGGAUGCGCAAAUCCAGUUCAAGGCUGUUGGCGGUCCGGGAAACAAGGGUCGCAUUGUUUGGGGCACGGCCGCCAACAGCGAACGGGCCUACAUUGAGAUGAACUUUGAGGGCGAGCCGGCCGACCACACGACGUCUGGCAUUCAUUUCUACACCGGCGACGUGUGGGGCGGACCCGUCAAGAACGCCAUGUCCAUCACCAGUUGGUACGACGUGGUCCACCGCGGCUGGACAUAUUUGGGCUAUGCGGACAUCUACACUUCGUUUCCGCAAAAGGAGUUUAUCUGGACUGGCACGCUCCCCGGAUAUGUCAACACGGUGCAGUUUGUGGCAACGCUCGACGACACUUGGUAUGAUCCGAGUCUUGUCGUUCGCUUCGGCGGUUUGUACACCUCGGCGACCGACGGCUACGCCAAGACGAUGCUGCGAGACAAUUCGUCAGAGUACUGGAUUGCGUUUGUCCGAAAGGAUGGGCCGUACUGGAAUCUGUACGUCUGCACCGGUCCUAGCGCGACUGACGCCGUUGGCAUGCCGUACUCGGUGGUACUCACCUUUGCGAGGUGGCUCCCCACAAUCGAUGAGGCCAAGCCUCGUGCCUACAUUCCCGUGCCCCCCAACCAAGGUAUCAACAAGCGUCCUCAGACCGACAAGCCAAAGGAAGACGAGUGGACGCUUGCUGAGCAGGCUGCAGAUUUUGGUCUCGAUGCCCUGACGUUGUCGAAUCAGACUCCGCACCACCGCAGCCAUGAGGUUGAACGCACCCAGAGCGUUCCUGGACAUGCCUCUCUGGGUGGCACCACUUCUGCUGCUGCUGCUGCUGCCGGUGUCCAGGCAACAACUGCCACCACUCCUGCUGCCGGACUUUCGACCUCUUCUUCGCCUUUUGCACCUGCGGCGGCAUCGGCUGCGGCACCGGCAGCACCGGCGGCAUCGGCCUCAUUGCCUCCUGCUCCUCAAGUUGCGUCCGCCGGCAUGCAUUCUUCUCCUCCUGUUCGCUCGGAAGCGGCCAACCGCAGUCGCCAAGACCAGCCUUCCAUCACCGAACAUCAGCUCAUCGUCCCCACUGAUCGACAGGGUCGCGCGGGCAGAUACUACGGUGCGGAGGACCCUCUUGCCGUUGUCUCUUCUUCCCUUGGCCAAGGCACGCCCAAAUGAAAGGAAGCGCUGCAGCGCUUUUUGUGAUCUCGACCGAGGCAGUUGUACAAAAGAGUCGUUUUGUGUGUUGCUUGUGCCUUGAUCGUGCCUUGAUCGUGUCUUGACUGUGACUUGUUCGUGCUCUGAUUGUGGCUUUUGAUUGUGGCGUUGAUCCGAGCCGUACUUUGGCACUUGUGAAAGCUGAAAAAACAAAAUAUAUUGUGUAGAUGUCUUACUCGACGUUCAAGCUUGACCG